AUGUUGAUUGAUAAAGAAAAUAAUGUUGACAACGCUAAUAAAGAAGCAUUUUAUUUUUUUCUAGAUCAACAUAUUGAAGAGGAUUGUGAUAUAGAUAAUAUAGUGAAUGAUGUAUUGAUAAUGACUGGUAAAGAUGAACAGCCAGAAAAUUCUGACGAUGAUAGUCUUGUAACAGCCAAUUGA